GGUGGCCUCUGCCGGCUGGCGGGACAGUGGUGGCUCAGCCUCUGGGUCUGGAGACUCAGCUUCCUCCUUCCCCUGCCCCCGAUGCCUGCCAGACUUUUGCCCACACCAGGGCCUCCGCCUGACCAGCCUCCCACCCCAGACUGACUGACUGGGGAGUCAGGGGCUGAACUGUCUGGGGGUCCCCCUGUACCAAUGCACUGCAGGGCCUUUCGGGGCCUGGCAGGAGCCCUCUUUACCCUCCUGUGCGUGGGGCUCCUGUCUCUACGGUACCACUCACGCUUGUCGCUGCGGAUGGCUCAGGACGCGCUCAGGCUGACCCAGCCCAACCCAGGGCCCCUGGAGCUGCAGCUGGGCGACAUCUUCAUCGCAGUCAAGACUACCUGGGCCUUCCACCGCUCUCGCCUGGACCUGCUACUUGACACGUGGGUCUCCAGGACCAGGCAACAGACGUUCAUCUUCACUGACAGCCCAGACGAAAACCUCCAGGAGAGACUGGGCUCCCACCUUGUGGUCACCAACUGUUCUGCAGAGCACAGCCAUCCUGCUCUGUCCUGCAAGAUGGCUGCAGAGUUCGAUGCCUUCUUGGCCAGUGGGCUCAGGUGGUUCUGCCACGUGGACGACGACAACUACGUGAACCCCAGGGCACUGCUACAGCUGUUGAAAACAUUCCCGCAGGACCGUGACGUCUACGUGGGCAAGCCCAGCCUGAACCGGCCCAUCCACGCCUCUGAGCUGCAAUCAAAAAACCGCACGAGGAUGGUACGGUUCUGGUUUGCCACAGGGGGUGCUGGCUUCUGCAUUAGCCGCCAGCUGGCUUUGAAGAUGGAGCCAUGGGCCAGCGGCUCCCACUUCGUGGACACUUCAGCUCUUAUCCGGCUCCCUGAUGACUGCACUGUGGGCUACAUCAUUGAGUGCAAGCUGGGGGGUCACCUGCAGCCCAGCCCCCUUUUCCACUCCCAUUUGGAGACCCUGCAGCUGCUGGGGGCUGCCCAGCUUCUGGAGCAGGUCACCCUCAGCUACGGUGUCUUUGAGGGGAAACUGAACAUCAUCAAGUUACCGGGCCCCUUUUCCCAUGAAGAGGACCCCUCCAGGUUUCGCUCCCUCCAUUGUCUCCUCUACCCGGACACACCCUGGUGUCCCCUGCUGGUGGCACUGUGAGCUCUGAACUGCUGCAGAAGUUGAUGGACACUUCUGCCUGACCCCUCCCCCACCUCCUACGCGGUCCUGAGGGCUCCUGGUCGAGUGCCCACUGACAGAUGGUCCCCGGUAGGGCCUCUGGGUGACAGGAAAGGCCAGGAUCCGGACUGUGGUUGGUGCUGAAGGUGUCUCGGGCCCAGGGACCUGGUCACACCGCAGAGACUUCGGGAGCACUUGAGUUGUGUGUGGGGUGCUCAGGCUCCUUACUCUCCUGAGAGUGACAUGUGUCCUGACUGGGGUCUGGCCUCUGGCUCUGGCCUCAGUUAUUCCUCAAGGACCAGGACCGUUGGGACAAAGCCAGGGCUGUGAUCUGUAGCUGUGGGACUGGUCUCAGCUGCUCCUGGCUCUCCUCACCUGGCCAAUGGACGUGGACUUUGGAAACUCAGGAGUAAGUUUCACAGCCCAAGACCCAUUUUUCCUACUGUGAAAUGUGGGUGUGAUGGCUGGAUCUCGGGAAGCUACUUUGCCACCAUGAGAGAAAGGCCAAGACAAUCAUCUAAAGCUGUUCUU